AUGGAGGCCCAACCCUUCAUCUUCACCGUGAUGGAGGCCCAACCCUUCAUCUUCACCGUGAUGGAGGCCCAACCCUUCAUCUUCACCGUGAUGGAGGCCCAACCCUUCAUCUUCACCGUGAUGGAGGCCCAACCCUUCAUCUUCACCGUGAUGGAGGCCCAACCCUUCAUCUUCACCGUGAUGGAUCAGUCAUUUCCAUGCUGUGGGCUCGGCAGCGUGUCCUCACACAUGCCACGGCGGUUCCACUUUGUGAACCAGAAUGAGACGUGGGACGAAGCGCAGAAACACUGCAGGACAGAAUUCACCGACCUGGCCACUGUGGAAAACAUGUCUGACAUGACUACGAUGACCAAUGGCACAGAUGAGGAAAGAAACACACGUGAAAGAUACCCUCUCAAACCCCCGAAAAUGAAUUGGAAAAAUGCUCAGGAGUACUGCAGGUCAAAAGCCAUGGACCUGGCCAGUGUGAGGAACCAGACUGAGAACGACAAGAUUAGUCAGAUUGCAGAGAAGGUGACGAAUGAGUCGGUGUGGAUCGGCCUGUUCAAAGGAUGGACGUGGUCUGAUCAAACUAACUCCGUAUUCACAUUCUGGAGAACAGACAAGCUGGCCCUGAUCAGAGAGAAUAAGACCUGGAUGGAGGCGUUCAACUACUGUGAAAGUAAUGACAUGGAGCUGGUCUCGGUCACGGAUGAGGAUACCCAGAGCUGGGCGAGGGGGGUGGCCAGGGGGGCCAGCACGGCUCACGUGUGGAUGGGCCUGUACUACAUUUGCCCCCUUGACGUCUGGUUCUGGAUCAGCGGGGUGACGGUGGGCUGCAACCACUGGGCCGCCGGGAACGGCACCGGGACGGGUGAGUGCUGCCGGGUGGGUGCCCUGCAGUCGGGAGGCGAGCAGAAGUGGGUCAGCCGGCCGGAGACUGAGAGACUCAACUUCAUCUGCAGAGCCUUUUAA